AAUACAACUGGCGCGGAGGCGAGCGAGCGAGGCAUUCCGUGUGCCUUCAACGGGCCAGCCGAUUGCUCGCUCCCUUUCGCCUGUACACUAACAACGUCAUCCUAUACAAGAUGGCUAAGGCGGCAGCACCAGCGAAGCCCACCUCUGGUGGCGGUAAGGCUAAGAAGAAGAAGUGGUCCAAGGGAAAGGUGAAGGACAAGGCCAACAACGCCGUUGUCUUCGACAAGCCUACCUACGACAAGCUCUUCAAGGAGGUCCAGACCUACAAGCUCAUUACCCCCUCCGUGUUGGUCGACCGUCUGAGGAUCAACGGCUCCCUUGCCCGUGUCGCUAUCCGUGAACUCGAGCACCAGGGUAUCAUCCGUCUCGUCUCUGGCCACAAGUCCCAGCUUAUCUACACUCGUGCUACCAAGGCUGAGGAUGCCGCUGAGGAGAAGCCAAAGAAGGAGACUGCUGACGAAGAGUAGAUCUUCUGCUUGUACAUUUUGAAAUUCAAUGAGCAUUCGUUUUGUCUACGCCUAC